CUACCUUGUGUUGCAUGCCUUGUGACCGAGAUCUCGCUCGCCACUACUCGUGAGUGGUACACAUGCAUUAGUGCGCUCUGCCAUGGCGGCGCAUCGUAGCUGGCGGUUCGCUGGCAAAUGUUCAUUGAAUUUUACCACUACGCACGUUUUCAUCUUUACGACCUCGAUUGAAACCCACAUGAAAUUCGGAAAGGCAGAUUGAUAUAAAAAUACAUCAGACAACAGUAUAAAGCCUCCCUCCCUCCAGAGUGUAUUAAAUGAAGGCAUAUCCCACAUGGUAGCUCUCAACGGUCUCCUACGUCCCGCCGUGGCCGCUGGAUCCAUCGCUGCUUCUUUGAACACAAGCUCGCUCAACAAGAGAGCAGGGUCUAUUAGCUCUGGUUGUGGAACCACUGGCGCGCUGUCUUGUUCGUCGAAUGCAAAGGGUACUUGUUGUUUCGAGGCACCCGGAGGCCUCAUUCUUCAAACUCAGUUUUGGGAUACGAGUCCUGAAACAGGCCCAACCGACAGUUGGACUAUCCACGGUUUGUGGCCUGACAACUGUGACGGUUCGUUUUCGGAAGAUUGCGAUCCUUCCAGAGACUACACCGGUAUAUCCAGCCUACUCACCGCUCAAGGGGCGAGCUCGACUCUAAGCUUCAUGAACCAGUUCUGGCUCAAUGAUCCGGACGAUGGCAGCAACGAAGAACUUUGGGAACAUGAAUGGGCCACGCAUGGCACAUGCUACAGCACACUUCAAACCAGUUGUCUGCCUGAGGGAAGCCCCAAGGGCGCUGAGGCUGUGGCGUUCUUCGAACAGGUUGUGACCUUGUUUAAGGCCUUGCCUACUUACGAGUGGCUAACAAACCAAGGAAUCAAACCGAGCUCUUCUACCACGCACACAUAUUCUGCGUUGACCGCUGCACUCGAGGCGGAAGCUGGCGUCAUUCCCGCUUUGAAUUGUGAUGGUAGCGAUUUGGAUGAAAUAUACUGGUACUUCCACUUGAGGGGCUCCGUCAUCGACGGGGAGUUCGAGCCCAUAUCUGCUCCAGAGAAAGGCGACUGUCCUUCGAGCGGUAUCAAAUGGCUUCCCAAGAACUAAAUUUAGUUGUUCCACUUAGCUCAAUGUAACUUGAAUAUUUAUCUCAGUCUGUUUUGUGG